AUGGACCGGGGAACAAUGUAUAACAUUGAUUUGUCCCUUGAGAAUUGUGACAUUGACAUUUUGGACAACGGAAGGACCAUCAAAGACGUCAUAGACAGUAAAAUAAAAGAGCUCGGCUCAGUGGACAAUGAAGAGCCGUUCUAUGUGGCAGAUCUAGACAGCGUGUACAAGAGGCACCUCCGAUGGCUCACCAACCUACCUCGAGUCAAGCCUUUCUAUGCGGUGAAGUGCAACAACACAGCGGUAGUUUUGAGGAUGAUGCGUGCUCUGGACACAGGCUUGGAUUGUGCUAGCAAGGCCGAGAUCCAGAUGGCCCUGUCCCUCGGAGCGACACCCGAUAAAAUAAUUUACGCGCAUACAACCAAACCAAUGUCGCACAUCAAAUACGCCUGUGCUCAUGGAGUAGACGUGAUGACUUUUGAUAGUGAGGAUGAACUCCUGAAAAUGUCUCUCUGUCACCCCAAAGCCAAACUGGUACUCCGCAUCACAGUGGAUGACUCUAAAUCGCUGAUACAACUCAGUUCCAAGUUCGGAGCCCAACUGGCGUCAGUCGGCAAGCUGCUGGAACGCGCUGGAGAGCUGGGCUCCGAGAUCAUCGGGCUCAGCUUUCACGUAGGCAGCGGGUGCACCGGAGGCUCUGUGUUCAAACAGGCCAUCGCAGAUGCCCGACACGUCUUUGACAUGGCGAAUUUGCUCGGAUUCCAGAUGAGACUCUUGGACAUUGGUGGAGGAUUCUCUGCGAUCGGGGACUUUAAAGAGAAAUUUGAAGAGUUUUCCGUCAUCAUUAACGAAGCACUGGAUGAGUUCUUCCCGCCUGAUUGUGGGGUGCAGAUUAUUGCAGAGCCAGGCCGCUACUACGUGGAAUCUGCCUUCACACUGGCGGCCAAUGUCAUCGCCAAAAGAGUCAUCUGUGAUGAUAUGGAUGAAGAUAGCGAAGUUGAGGGAAGCCCUGACAGAAUGAUGAUGUACUACCUGAACGAUGGAGUGUACGGCUCCAUGAGUUGCAUUAUCAACGACCCUGCUCACUCCAACCUUGAACCGUAUCUUCACAGGGUUGUCGACAGCAGUGAGCGGCGCUAUCGCUCUGCUAUCGGGGUCCAACCUGCGACAGCUUUGACAAAGUGAUUGACAACUACUGGAUCCUGAGUUGCCGUGGGG